AGUGUCCAGAACUUGGGAUUGUAACUCAAAGCUACUUCUGCACGGGUGAGACGGGAUGGAUAGUAACAUCCACCUGGGUAGUUUGAUAAGUCGGCACGAUGAUGAAGCUACAAGAACAUCUACAUCUGAAGGGCUGGAGGAGGGGGAAGUGGAGGGGGAGACACUCCUGAUUGUGGAGUCAGAGGACCAGGCAUCAGUAGACUUAUCUCAUGAUCAGAGUGGGGAUUCCCUCAACAGUGAUGAAGGAGACGUGUCCUGGAUGGAGGAACAGCUGUCUUUCUUUUGUGACAAGUGUCAAAAGUGGAUUCCAACCAGUCAGCUGAGGGAACAGAUCAGUUACCUGAAGGGUGAUAACUUUUUUAGAUUUACGUGUUCUAAUUGUUCAGACGAUGGCAAGGAGCAAUAUGAAAGACUGAAGCUAACAUGGCAGCAAAUUGUCAUGUUGGCAAUGUACAACUUGUCUCUGGAAGGAAGUGGGCGCCAAGGUUACUUCAGAUGGAAAGAAGAUAUCUGUUCAUUUAUUGAGAAACAUUGGACUUUUUUACUAGGGAAUAGGAAAAAGACUUCAACGUGGUGGAGCACAGUAGCUGGUUGCCUCAGUGUGGGAAGUCCUAUGUACUUCCGUUCUGGUGCUCAGGAAUUUGGAGAACCAGGAUGGUGGAAGCUUGUUCACAACAAGCCCCCUACAAUGAAACCUGAAGGAGAGAAGUUGUCUGCUUCUACUCUGAAAGUUAAAGCCUCAAAACCAAUUCUAGACCCCAUCAUUACUGUGGAGGGACUGAGGAAACGAGUGAGUCGGAAUCCUGUGGAAUCUGCCAUGGAGUUAAAGGAGAAAAGGUCACGUACUCAAGAAGCUAAAGACAUUAGAAGAGCCCAGAAGGAGGCGGCGGGUUUUCUCGACAGAAGCACUUCUUCUACCCCUGUCAAAUGUAUUAGCCGAGGCCGCAGGCCAGAGGUGAUUCUUGAAAAAGGAGAAGUGAUUGACUUUUCAUCCUUGAGCUCCUCCGAUCGAACCCCCCUGACAAGCCCCUCUCCUUCUCCAUCGUUGGAUUUCUCUGCCCCUGGAACACCUGCUUCUCAUUCAGCCACUCCCAGCCUACUUUCAGAAGCAGAUCUCAUUCCAGAUGUGAUGCCCCCACAAGCCUUGUUUCAUGAUGAUGAUGAGAUGGACGGUGAUGGAGUUAUAGACCCAGGAAUGGAGUACAUCCCACCCUCUGCUGGGUCAGCAGCUUCUGGGACAGUGGUUGGGGGCAGAAAGGUCAGAGCACCUGAACAGAUAAAGCAGGAGGUAGACAGUGAGGAGGAAAAACCAGACCGGAUGGACAUUGACAGCGAAGACACCGAUUCUAACACGUCUUUGCAAACAAGAACUCGAGAAAAUAGGAAGCCUCAACUGGAGAAGGACACGAAACCUAAAGGCCCCAAGUAUACGCCCAUGAGCAUCUAUGAGGAAAAGCUGAUUCUGAAGAGAUUGGAAGCUUGUCCCAGUGCUGUUGCUAUGACGCCUGAAGCUCGGAGACUAAAGCGUAAAUUGAUUGUCAGACAAGCAAAACGGGAUCGGGGAUUACCACUUUUUGACUUGGAUCAAGUUGUUAAUGCUGCUCUUCUAUUAGUUGAUGGAGUUUAUGGAGCCAAGGAAGGAGGCAUUUCUAGAUUUCCAGCUGGCCAUGCCACCUACAGAACAACCUGCCAGGACUUCAGAAUUCUUGACCGAUACCAGACUGCCUUGCCAUACAGGAAAGGAUUUCGGCACCAAACCACUAAAUUUUUGUAUCGCCUUGUGGGGUCAGAAGAUAUGGCUGUGGACCAAAGUAUCAUUAGCCCCUACACUUCUCGGAUCUUAAAACCUUAUAUCAGGCGUGACUAUGAAACAAAGCCACCCAAACUACAGCUCCUGUCACAGAUUCGCGCCCACCUGCACAGGAGUGACCCUCACUGGACACCUGAGCCUGAUGCACCUCUCGAUUACUGCUAUGUUCAGCCAAACCACAUCCCAACGAUAAACUCUAUGUGUCAUGAGUUUUUCUGGCCGGGCAUCGACUUGUCUGAGUGCCUGCAGUAUCCAGACUUUAGUGUGGUUGUCCUUUAUAAAAAAGUCAUCAUUGCCUUUGGCUUCAUGGUCCCUGAUGUGAAAUAUAACGAAGCUUACAUUUCAUUUCUGUUUGUACAUCCGGAAUGGAGAAGAGCAGGCAUUGCAACUUUCAUGAUUUAUCAUCUGAUUCAGACCUGCAUGGGUAAGGAUGUGACCCUUCACGUUUCAGCAAGCAACGCUGCUAUGCUGCUGUAUCAGAAAUUUGGAUUCAAGACUGAAGAAUAUGUCUUAGAUUUUUAUGAUAAAUAUUACCCCUUGGAGAGUAAGGAAUGUAAACAUGCAUUCUUUCUGAGACUGCGUCGUUGAUGGGAAUACAGCUCUUCACAGAGAACGGCAUCAUCUGUGAGAGAAGAGAUCUUUAUUCUGCAUAGGCAGUUACUCCUUUCAUUGGGGGUUCUUGUCCUCACUGCAAGUAAAUGUCGUUCAUUCAAACCUCGGAAUUGAGAUGAGUAAAAAUCAUGUGAAGGGGAAGCAGUCGGAGAAGACCUACAGAAAGUAACUCUUCAGUCUUCUGCUUCAUCCACCACGUGAAGACUCCACAGCUAAACCGAGUGAUACAGUUGUCCUUCCACCUGGCAGCUUGUAAAAGAGCAGCUGGUGUUCUGGUGAGAGAUUUCUGUCUGCCCUAGCCUAAAGGAUGAGAACAUGUGUAGCCAUCAACGAUUCAUCUCGUGGCCUAGAGGCAUGUUCCUGCAGAAGACGCCCUAUGUCCUAUGAUGAGGAGAGCAAUGUGUAAGAUGAUUGUUACAUUAAGUGAUUCCAACCCAGUUCCCACCCAUUGACUUGGUGUGUUAUCACUGGGUAUGAGAAGACUUGGGGGAUGGAAGUUCUGUUUUCUCUCUUGCUGAUUUUGGUCACAGCCAGGGAAAACAAAUAUUUGUGUAUCUAUGCUACCUAUCCUCUACUUCGCAUUACCAUCUCCCCGAGAGGGACUUUAUCCUAGCAACAGAGACUCUCAUUCUCUUAAUGCUUGUGGAAAUUGGUUUGGGUUGUGAUAGUUGAACAGCCUGCUCUCUGGCACUUGGUCAUGCCCUUGGCAGUUGAGCUGUUGGAGUGGAGGUAAGAGGUGGUAGAAUUAGAGCUAACUAUGGACACAGCAUGUGUCCUAUGUUCAGGACUAGGUUUUUAGAUAGUGGAGUUGAUGGUAUUUCUGCGUUUGUUUUUGUCUUAUUUUUAAUCUAAUGAGCAUUUCCAAAGUUAUCAGUUGUUCACAAAUAAAAAUAUUUUUUUGUGACAGUUUUGUGAAAGCUUUGUAGUCAGUUUUUUCCCCCGUUAAGUGAGAUCAUGAAAUUUAACCAUUUUUCGAACAUGGAUCUCUUUGAGAAGCUGAAGAAAGCUGAAUAAUACUUAACUGUCUUUCUAGAAAACUGCCUAUGCACAUUCAAAAGUUUGUGCCACAGGUCUGUGACCACAAUUUAAAACUUCUGUCCUAGAGGCUGGGCUUGCACCCAUCUUAUCAGAAUGUGUUGCGCUCCCCGACACAAAGCCCAGGACUUACUCUGUUACCUGGGAAGUUGCAUACAGGCUCUACUUCACGUUGUGCAAGGAACUUGUCACAGCACUUUCUCGUUUUCUUCUCUCUCUCCUCCUCCCCCAUUAUUUUUUCCCUUCCUUUUAGAAAGUUUUUCAGCCCAGUAAAGGUUUUUUGACAAAAUGGAUUGUAACCCACUAAAUAAACUGAAGAGGUGAAGUUUUCCAA